AUGUCCGAGGUACUGCCUUACAGCGAGGGGAAAAUGAACGGCUAUGGGGACAGCGAGGCCAGUCAGAUGUCCUUUAGCUGCGGGCUACAGGACACCAAUUCGUUCUUCGGGGCGUCGCAAGCGAAAAGACCCCCAAAACUGGGACAGAUCGGCAGAGCCAAGAGAGGUAAGUGAUGCAUUGUUGAAUAAAGGUUUUGUUUUGGUCAUCAAAAACAAAGGCUUGGCCACCCAGGCAUGCUUGGGUGAACUUUAACUCUAACCUAGGCUACAGUUACCUAACCUACUUGUUAUAAAACACUGAAAUGCAAAAGAUAAAACACAGAUAUGCAUUUGACCUCUAAAUUAUGUGGCAAAUAUUUGUUGAUAUAACAAAGGUCAGCAGCUGACCACAUUGAGCCCAGUUGAAAGUGAUGCAUGAGAAUAAUAGACUACUGAUGUGAUAUCAAAAUGUAUUUCAGUAGCUAUAGUCUACUAUAUUUCUACAUUAGUUAUGCUCUGUCUUUUUUAAAUGGCAAAUUGUCCUCAUUGCAUGCUUGGCUAUGUACCGUUAUGUACAAACCAUUGUUUGCAGUAUUUCAGGACCAAGGUCAGGGGUUUGACACAACAACAUAUUCCUUUGUGUUGCACAAUUCCCCAUCCUAUUUACUCAAAGCCUUUGCAAUUACUUGAUUUGUUGUCUGUAAAACAGCUUUAUGAAACAGUUAUAUGACAUGUCAGUAAUAAACAUUAAUAUAAUUUAUUCUUCCCUCCGCAGUGGUCAUCGAAGAUGACCGAAUAGACGAUGUCCUAAAGGGGAUGGCAGACAAGUCAUCACCUGGUGUUUAA